UUAAUUUUUACGAUAUAGGCAAUUGCAACGUUGUGGCUGUGGUAACUAGUGCUUCAGUUCAGGUUUUGAUUUACAGCACCACAAAAAAGCCACAUGCGUUUGCAUCGCGUGGAAAUAGUUUUUGGCACAAUUCGCUCCGGCAGCUGAUCUUAUUUGUUCUACGAAGACUCACAAGAACAUGUCUUUCCGAGGAGGUGGUGGAAGAGGUGGCCGUGGUGGCGGAUUCAACCGUGGUGGAGGGGGAAGAGGAGGAUACGGUGGUGGUGGUGGUGGAGGAUAUGGGGGUCGAGGUGGCGGCGGCGGUGGUUUCCGAGGUGGACGAGGAGGCUUCCAGGACUAUGGCCCUCCAGAAUAUGUUGUUGCACUAGGGGAGUUUAUGCACCCCUGUGAGGAUGAAAUUGUGUGCAAGUGUGUAACGGAGGAGAACAAAGUUCCCUACUUCAACGCGCCUGUGUACUUGGAAAACAAGGAGCAGAUCGGGAAGGUGGAUGAAAUCUUCGGUCAGCUACGUGACUUUUAUUUCUCUGUCAAACUCUCUGAUAAUAUGAAGGCUUCCUCAUUCAAAAAAUUACAGAAGUUCUACGUAGACCCAAUGAAACUCCUACCACUACAGAGGUUUCUUCCCAGACCCCCGGGUGAGAAGGGUCCCCCAAGGGGAGGCAGAGGAGGUAGAGGUGGACGAGGAGGUCCCCGCGGAGGUGGAUUCCGUGGUGGCAGGGGUGGUGGUGACCGUGGCGGAUUUGGAAGAGGAGGCUUCGGUGGUGGGCGGGGAGGAGGAGGAUUCAGAGGAAGAGGUGGCGGAGGCGGACGAGGAUUCAGAGGUGGCAGAUGAUGACAAACACUGUAUGCCCCGUGGGAUCCUCACCAAGUGUCAAUCCCUACAGGAAGCAAAUCAGUGCAAUGCGAUGCUGGAGCUUGGCUCUGUUGGACUUGACAUCGAGAAUGAACAUUUCAUCUUUUUAUACUGCUCAAUUGUCAAUUUGUUUUUGUAUACCAAUCUAUGAUGUGUGAAUUAAUGGCUUUUUAUUUAAUGAACCUUGAAAGCACUCUGCUGUCACAGGGAAUAGUAUCAUUAAUGUCCCAGUUUUUGCAACUCUUCAACAUUGUUCACACUGGAUGGUUUGGGGGUACAUUUAGGAUGUGUCAUGGUGUUAUACUGUUGAAUAUGAUUGAGAGCUUUCAUGUUGGAGUGCAAUGUUGAUAAGAGACAGAAAUGGAUAAUACCUGGAAUUGUAUAAGACAUAUAAGGCUUGGUUUGGUAAGUGGAAGAUAUGGUGGACAUUAGUAUUCAUUACAAUCAGUGGAAAAUAUUGUAUUUACCCCAGAAAUCUAAUGUGGUUAGAGUACUGGCACCUUGUGUAAAGAAAAGCCUUUGAUUAAAUAGUGCUGUGUAUAAGUUUCUCCUGUUUUUAUUUGGACAUUUAACUUAAUGUCUUAUUUUUUGCUCAUGCAAAUAUAAACAAGUGUUCCGGAAUUGGAACAAUACCUCUUUCAAA